CGCCCCCCUCACUCUCUCCUCUCCCCUCUCCCCUCUCUCCUCUCUCUUCUAGGGUUCCCAUCCUCCUCCUCCUCCUCCUCUUUCUCUCUUCACCCUAGGGUUUCUAACCUCUUACACCUCACUCCCUCUCUCACUGCCACAAACCUCACUACCUCCCCCACCCAUCAUUCCUACAAACCCUACAUAGUCGGAGCUGAGCUGAGAAGGCGAUCGUGAGAGCUAGGCGAUGGCGAAGACCAAGCCUGGGAAAAGAGACCUCGAUUCCUACACCAUCAAGGGAACCAACAAGAUCGUCAAAGUGGGGGAUUGUGUCCUGAUGCGCCCAUCCGACUCGGAGAAGCCCCCGUACGUUGCGCGGGUGGAGAAGAUCGAGGCGGAUCACCGGAACAAUGUGCGGGUGCGCGUGCGCUGGUAUUAUCGCCCCGAGGAGUCGAUCGGGGGCCGGCGGCAGUUCCACGGCGCCAAGGAGCUCUUCUUGUCGGACCACUACGACGUGCAGAGCGCGCACACCAUCGAGGGCAAGUGCACGGUCCACUCCUUCAAGAACUACACCAAGCUCGAGAACGUCGGGGCCGAGGACUACUUCUGCCGCUUCGAGUACAAGGCCGCCACCGGCGGAUUCACUCCUGAUCGGGUCGCGGUGUACUGUAAGUGUGAGAUGCCCUAUAAUCCGGAUGACCUCAUGGUGCAGUGUGAGGGAUGCAAGGACUGGUUUCAUCCAUCUUGUAUGGGCAUGACUAUUGAAGAGGCCAAAAAAUUGGAUCACUUCCUGUGCUCAGAUUGUACUUCGGAAGAUGAUGCUAAGAAGCCUUCAAAUGCAUUUCCUGUUUCACCAAAUUCCGAGCCUAAGGUUGAGUCGAAAAGACGGAAGAGAUAGUUAUGAUACAAACAGGGCGUGCGAGGAGAUACACUAUUUAUGCCAAGGUAGCUCUUCAAUGCUGUCUAGAUGAGACUGUACAGUGUAGAAAACAGACUUUUGAGAAAUCAAAUUUGGUUUUAACUUAAAUGAGUAUCAUUUGUAUGGCGAAGUAAAACUCAAAUGUUCGGGUCUUUUGUAUGGUGUGUCUUGCUUUGCAUUGAUUCCUAGUUCAGUUGGGCUGGCGAAAGUGCUCAUUGUUCAUGUUAUGUGCUUGGUGUCGCUAGAAACAUUGUGUGAAGGUUUAGGUGUUAAGAAUUCUUGCGAACGGUAAGACAGUUGUUCUGAUUACUAAUCUCUGUUCUCUGUUA